CUAGCAGUAAGACGAUAGAAUCUGUACUACCAGUGGCUGGUGAGCAGUGACUGUGUGAGGUACUAUAACUCUCAAAUCCUCUCUCUCUCUCUCGGAAAAGAAAGGGGACAGAAGAAGCAAUGCAGGAAGAGAAAUGGAGUCUAUACGAAGCGUACAACGAGCUACACAGUUUAGCACAGGAACUUGAAACACCAUUCGAUGCACCAGCAGUUUUAGUGGUGGGCCAACAGACAGAUGGCAAAAGCGCAUUGGUCGAAGCACUGAUGGGUUUCCAGUUUAAUCAUGUUGGCGGCGGUACCAAAACUCGUCGCCCUAUAACACUUCAUAUGAAAUAUGAUCCUCAAUGCGAGUCACCUGUUUGCCUGCUUGUUUCUGAUGGUGGUGAUCAUGAUAAUGAGCCUAAACACAAGUCUCUUCAUGAAAUUCAGGCAUAUAUUGAAGCUGAAAACAUGAGGUUGGAGCGGGAGACCUGUCAAUUUUCAGCAAAGGAAAUAAUAAUUAGAGUGGAGUACAAAUACUGUCCCAAUCUCACCAUUAUUGAUACUCCUGGACUUAUUGCUCCUGCACCAGGUAGAAAAAAUCAAGCAUUACAGAGCCAAGCUCGUGCAGUGGAGUCUCUUGUGCGAGCGAAAAUGCAGCAUAAGGAGUUUAUUAUUUUAUGUCUUGAAGAUUGUAGUGACUGGAGUAAUGCAACUACUAGAAGGGUAGUAAUGCAAAUUGACCCUGAGCUUUCAAGGACUGUUAUUGUCUCAACCAAGCUUGACACAAAAAUACCUCAGUUUGCUCGUUCAUCAGAUGUUGAGGUUUUCCUCUCUCCACCUACACAAACAUUGGAUGGCUUCAUACUGGGCGAGUCUCCCUUUUUCACAUCUGUGCCUUCUGGAAGAGUUGGUUCUGGUCAUGAUUCAGUUUACAGAUCAAAUGACGAGUUUAAGCAGGCUAUAUCCUUAAGAGAGUUGGAAGAUGUUGCAUCUUUAGAGGAGAAGCUAGGCCGUCCAUUAUCACAGCAAGAACGAAGUAGAAUAGGGGUUAGCAAAUUAAGGUCAUUCUUGGAGCAAUUGCUACAGAAAAGGUAUAUGGACAGUGUUCCUUUGAUUAUUCCACUCCUUGAAAAGGAGUCCCGCACUUCAACCAGAAAACUGAAUGAAAUAAAUAAAGACCUCAGCACUUUGGAUGAAGUAAAAUUGAAGGAGAAAGGAAGGGAGUUUCAUGACCUAUUCUUAACCAAGUUGUCGUUGCUGUUGAAAGGGACAGUUGUUGCACCUCCAGACAAAUUUGGUGAAACACUACAUGAUGAGAGAACUAAUGGAGGGGCAUUUGUUGGUACUGAUGGUCUUCAGUUUCCACACAAGCUAAUUCCUAAUGCAGGGAUGCGUCUUUAUGGGGGUGCACAGUAUCAUCGAGCCAUGGCAGAAUUUCGUUUUGUUGUAGGAGGAACCAAAUGCCCUCAAAUUACUCGUGAAGAAAUUGUAAAUGCAUGUGGAGUUGAAGAUAUUCAUGAUGGAACUAACUACUCAAGGACAGCAUGUGUGAUAGCUGUUGCCAAAGCUCGUGAUACAUUUGAACCUUUCCUUCAUCAGUUGGGUAAUAGGCUCUUGUAUAUUCUGAAGAGAUUACUUCCUAUCUCUGUCUUUCUUCUUCAGAAAGAUGGUGAGUAUCUUAGCAGUCAUGAUGUAUUCCUGAGGCGAGUUGCUUCUGCCUUCAAUAAAUUUGCAGAAUCUACUGAAAGAGCAUGCCGUGAAAAAUGUAUGGAGGAUUUAGUGAGCACCACUCGUUACGUAACAUGGUCUCUCCACAAUAAGAAUCGAGCUGGGUUACGCCAGUUCUUAGACUCGUUUGGUGGGACAGAGCAGUCUGCUAUGGGAGGAAAUUCUGUAUCAGCUGGUCUCCCUCAAGAGUCAUCCAUGGGCUCCAUUGCCACUGAGAAGCAUGAGAAUAAGCCAAGGGGUGAUGUGAAGCUCUGCCAUUUGGCCUCAGGCAUUGACUCAGGGUCAUCUAUUCAGACAACAGAAACAAAGCUUGCCGAUCUUCUAGACAACACCCUUUGGAAUCGGAGACUUGCUCCUUCAUCUGAAAGGAUUGUUUAUGCUCUGGUCCAACAGAUAUUCCAUGGCAUAAGAGAGUAUUUCUUGGCCUCUGCUGAAUUGAAGUUCAAUUGUUUUCUCUUGAUGCCGGUCAUAGACAAGUUACCAGCCCUUCUCCGGCAGGACCUAGAAUCUGCCUUCGAAGAUGAUAUGGAUAAUGUUUUCGACAUCACCAAUAUAAGACACUCGCUGAACCAACAGAAGCGAGAAAUAGAAAUUGAGCUGAAAAGGAUCAAGAGGCUCAAAGACAAAUUUAGGUUGAUAUAUGAACAACUUAACUUGCAGCAAGUCAAGGCCAUUCGUGCUAGCUUCAAAGGAAUGAAUUGUAAAUAAGAGGCGCCACUUGUUGAGUUUGUUUUUUCCACUCGUUUUUCAAUUACGGUUGCACUUACAUUUGAAGAUUAUCUAUUAAAGGUUUCCUGCCAACUUUACUACUUUAA